AGUUUAUCUAAAGUUCAAUUAUUCAGCAAAUGGACACAAACUGUCCGUUACCACCAUCCCUGGAGAAGAAUGGGUGGUCAACAUUAUCGAUAGGUGAUUCCUGUCAAAAAAUUGAAUACUAUCCUGAUGUAAAUGCGUUGUUAUGCUACCAUGUUGGGAACAACACCAGAAGUUGCAACUAUCUAAGUGUGCUGGAAAUAACAACUGGACAAGUCCUGAAAACAUUCCAUUUCUCAGAACAGGUCGACCAUGUAGUUUCAAUGCUCAAGCAGAAAAAAAUUCUUGUCGGAGCUGGAAAAGUUCUAGGACUGACAAAAGAACUUGGAGGAUGCCUUUAUCUGGAAAAUUGUUUACAGCUUCCCGCGUCUACAACUUCUCAAGAAGUUUCUAUAGAACUGACCUAUGACGAGGCGAAAAUUCUACAACCAUGGUUCGCUGGAAUGCAGAAUUAUGUUGGGCUUACGAAGAGUUUGAAAAAUUCGGUCAAUUCAGUAAUGGAGGAUAUCGAAUCGUCGAUGGAACAACUGCCGGAUGAUUCAAAACUAGCUGAAAGCGGGUCUACUCAGCUCACUAACUUAGCUAAGAAGGUUAAGUGGCACAGUGUGAAAUUGAAGCUACCAGUUGAGAAAUUUUUGGAACUUCUGGAGUCUUUAUAUUCUUUUCGAUUCAGUAAAGAUCGUGAAUCGUUUCCUGGAUUAUCAUCAAGCAGUAGUUCUGGGUCUGAUAUCAACCUUGCCUCAAUGAACACUGAUUAUGCAAUGCUGCCAAUUUUGUUUGCAAUAUUAGACAGGUUGGCUUCGCUGCACCAAGCGGCCAGACAGCUCUUCCUUCGUCUCGAGGAGUUGGUGAGCAAAGAACCGAAUUCGGAUGGAUCACACGAUGUUGGAGUCGGCGGGUAUGUUGCUGGCAUGUGCAGUGAAUAUGCGAGGAGACUCACUUUUAUCACCUGGCCUCAUUACUCCUACAAGUGGGCCAAACCAGACUCAAUGGCCAAGGCAGGCUUCUACCAUACUAAGGGGGCACACAAUGGAAAAGACGGAGUGCAAUGCUUCAAAUGUAGGAUCAAUUUGGUUAAGUGGGAAGCGAGCGAUGAGCCGUGGAAUGAGCAUGAACAACAUUCCCCUAACUGCCUAUUUUUGAAAGGAGAAUCAACCCAUAAUGUGCCCAUUGCAAACACUGUUGCAUUCAGCCCGGCAGUGCGCAGCUGUGAUGACAAAAAGAUGUCAGUAGUGAGCUGCAGUAAUCACCCUUUUCUUCUGAGCACCUCGAGUGUAGAUGGAUCUGUACACGUGUGGAACUGCUGUGCAGUGCCCAAACUCUACUUCAAUUUUUCUGUGGACACUGGGGAUGAGCUGAUUGCGAACAUGUUUGCUCCCAAAAUCACCUCGGGAGGAGGAGGAGCAACACAUGGAACUACAACCAAUGCAGACCAUUGGGGAACUUCAGUCAGCCUACCCUCAUUCUUCAUGGAAGAGGUAACGACAGACACAAAUGCUAUUUCUACUUUACUAAACACACAAGGAGGUGAAUCGACGCAAUCGGCAAAGGGCAAACAAAGCCACACAAUCACAAUUGUGGAUUCAUCAGACACGCCAACAGUCACUUUCCCUCCUGAAGAUUCAUUUCAAACUGGCAAACAGCAGGCACCAGUUCAAGUGACAUCCUUAGCGCUUUCUGGCUUUGGAGGAAACAACCCGUCUCCGUUUGGAUGCCUGGUGGUUGUCGGGUGUAAAGUUUGGGAUCCAAAGAAUAGUUCGGUUGCGGACUUCUGGAGUAACAACGGAGUUAAUAAUGAGACUUGUCUGCUGGUGUAUAAAGUGGACGUGACCGAUAUGCGAGCGGCAAAGAAUGCCUUGUUCCAGAUGCAUCCGGACCACACUAACUUGUUGGUGAUGGACGACAAGUACUCAAACUUCGCCUCUGAGAUCGCCUCUGCGUCCUCGGCCACCCACCCUAUGCACUCAACAAUAACAGAGGAGAUGAUGAUGUUUGGGGAACUGAAUGACGAUGGUGCCAAUGGCAUCCAGAUGGAGAUAGAACUGGCUCAGAGUCCGGAGAUGAUGGACGCAGAUAUGGGAGGACCAGCGGAUCAUCUCAACUACGCAGAUUUCUUAGCGAACCUGAACACAGCAAAUGUCUACGACGCAGAAGCAUUGAGUUCUGCCAAUGAGCAGUCAGGAGCACCGAACAAGCUCUACAAUUUACUGGAUGCCCGUCUCAUGCAAGCGUUUCCGAUACAAUACGGAUCAACAAUCACUCAUAUUCUACUGGAGCUGCAUGGAAAUGAACCCUAUCUAUACGUCAUUGCUUCAAAGGAAACAUAUUCGACAGUUUACGUGUUUGUUUUGGAAAAAGUUUUCAACUCGUUUCAUUUUCGAGGAAGUAUGAGCACGGCACAAAAGCAUCAGAAUGUUCUAAAAAUGCAAUGCAAUCAACAGUUCACGCAAGGAGUGAUUAAACAUGCAUUGUUAUUGCCAGUAUGGAGUCUGAAUAUAGGCGAGAGUCCAAUCUUCUCGACACAGCAGUCGAAUAACGUUGUUUCAUCUGUGCUGCUCUGCGUUUCGGAGACUAAUGAUAUUCUGUUGUACAAACUGCCCCAAUUGGAGUGUGUAGUGUUGCAGAAGGAAGAAGACAAAGGGCUUUUUGGAGGCCAUAAAAUCAAGUCGGUGACUUUCGACUGUGGAAGUGAUUCGUUGUGUGUUUUGACCAGUGAGGGAAGUGUGCACUUUAUUGAACUGAGGAAGUUGCUCGGAGAUCAGGAUGAAAAGGACGAACAAAGUGUGAAAAGUCACUUGAGGAUGAUGGAGGGCGUGAAUGAAGGCGAUGAAGUGGAUGCGAGCAUUACUGGAAGUGCUUCUCAGCUCUCGGUGCAGUUUUGUGGUCCCAGCUGUAGUAGCACCAGAAGUGGAGGCAUGUCGUCUACCGCGAGUGGAGUGAGUUUGCCGAGUAAGUUCGAGUACCUCGUGGAUCCCCAAACUGGGCUGACUCCGGAACUAAAUACGGCCACUCUGGACUGGAUCAGCCAGCUUAGCGAGUGUGUUCCUCUCACUCCCAGGUACAAUACUGGAAUAAUUCCGAGUGGAUGGGUAGAGGUGGAGCAAGAACAACAGCAGCGCAAGAUGUCCGAACACCUGCCCAGUUCAGGAGGCAGUUCCGUCAACCACACCCGAACUUUCCGCGUCAACAAGGAGAGCGCUAGCGGAUACACAGUCAUAGAGCUCACCCUUCCACAUGCUGUCGUGCUAGGCCAAGUGGAUGUGAAAAUUCAACUGAGAAAAGCGGCAAGUGCCUGUAAUUUAACGGCCACACUUUCGGCACCAGCUCCCGAAUUGUCGCAGGACACGUUUGCUUCUUCUAACAAGAAAAUCAUAGGACCAGUUGCAUUAGAUCUUUUCACAUUCGGACAACAGGGAACAUCUAUCAAUGUGUCUCUGACUGGACCUAAUUUGUACUUGACGAAACAUCGCGUCAUUUUCUUGGAGAUUGGAACUAAAGAAGGAUACUCAUCCACACAUCUACACGAGGUGUCCAUCACCCUGCGUAAGAUGAAGAGACAGCCUUCAGUGCGGACUGUGGCCCAGCUGCAGACAGUGGUGGAGGACACUCAGUUGGUGGAAAAGCUACUCCGAGCAGUUACCAACCCAGACAGUGUGCAGUCUGUGGGAGAUGCGAAAGAGUUCUUCAUGAGUCAACCCACGAUACGACAGACCGCUCUGACAACUCUGACCUGGCUGCUGUACACCCACGCAACAGAUUGUGGCUCCUCCCUUUCUUCUUCUUUGUCUGCUGAUGAGCAGACCCAGUGUCAACAAUACAUGGCCCAGUUCUACUCCAAGUGCGCAUCCUCAUCUCUGUUGAGACAAAGCAUCACUGUAUGUCUAAUUCAGGGGGACAGAAGUGUGGCACAUCUGUUUGCACGUUUCCUCGCUGUCCUACUCAAGCCAAUUAUUAUUGUGUCAAGAAGAGGCAGUUCCGUCAACCACACCCGAACUUUCCGCGUCAACAAGGAGAGCGCUAGCGGAUACACAGUCAUAGAGCUCACCCUUCCACAUGCUGUCGUGCUAGGCCAAGUGGAUGUGAAAAUUCAACUGAGAAAAGCGGCAAGUGCCUGUAAUUUAACGGCCACACUUUCGGCACCAGCUCCCGAGUUGUCGCAGGACACGUUUGCUUCUUCUAACAAGAAAAUCAUAGGACCAGUUGCAUUAGAUCUUUUCACAUUCGGACAACAGGGAACAUCUAUCAAUGUGUCUCUGACUGGACCUAAUUUGUACUUGACGAAACAUCGCGUCAUUUUCUUGGAGAUUGGAACUAAAGAAGGAUACUCAUCCACACAUCUACACGAGGUGUCCAUCACCCUGCGUAAGAUGAAGAGACAGCCUUCAGUGCGGACUGUGGCCCAGCUGCAGACAGUGGUGGAGGACACUCAGUUGGUGGAAAAGCUACUCCGAGCAGUUACCAACCCAGACAGUGUGCAGUCUGUGGGAGAUGCGAAAGAGUUCUUCAUGAGUCAACCCACGAUACGACAGACCGCUCUGACAACUCUGACCUGGCUGCUGUACACCCACGCAACAGAUUGUGGCUCCUCCCUUUCUUCUUCUUUGUCUGCUGAUGAGCAGACCCAGUGUCAACAAUACAUGGCCCAGUUCUACUCCAAGUGCGCAUCCUCAUCUCUGUUGAGACAAAGCAUCACUGUAUGUCUAAUUCAGGGGGACAGAAGUGUGGCACAUCUGUUUGCACGUUUCCUCGCUGUCCUACUCAAGUUUGCGGGCAGCUGCAACCAGUCAGAAGCAAAAAUAUUCGAGACGAGUCUGAAGCAAACUUUGCUUGAUCUGCUACCGAGUAGUGUCACUUGCAAGUCGCAUGGAGGCAUGCACUGGUUCCAGCUAUUCUUCUACAACGUCGUGUUGGCUCCAGAUAGUAAACUGGCUCUGGAUGCUGGAUUGAACAAGCCGGGACAACAGAUGAGUCAUGUCAGUAGAUAUAGCUCGGAAAACGCAUUCUCAGUAUGUCUUGACUUGUUGGAUCAUUUGGUCUCCUGCUCCGAGAAUUUACAGGACUUGUACACGAAAACACUGCAAACGAAAUUCAGAUUGUUCUGCAACCCGUUCGAGCAACAGCUGCUCACCUUCCCCAUGCAGACCAUCAUAGCCCAUGACACUUCACAUAGCAACAACAGACAUCCUCCGCCAGGAGUAUACCAUCAUAGCUAUGGGGGAGGAACUCACCCCCCGCCACCGCCUGGCAUGGGUGGGAAGUGGUACAUGCCCGGAGGAGGUGGAGGCGGGGUACCUUAUAUCCAUGAGGCAGGAGCUCCAUCGGGCAGUCAAUCACUGGAAUUGGUGAAGAACAUGAUACAGGUACAGUCAUCGAGAAAAAGCAGCGGUGGUAAUGCAACCGAUUCAAGCAUCUCCGCAAAUGAGUUGAGCUCACAGUCUUUCAUAGACCUAUUUGUGCCUCUGAACUUCGUCGGGUUUACCCUAGACAAUCAACUCAUUGGGUUUCUGGAAGCAGAGCCUCUCCGAUUCUCUUGUGUGGAAGCAAGUGACGGGGUCAAAAUGCAGGAAGUCUCCUCGGGGAAUGAGAUAGUGGGAGGGCACACACAGACUCUGGUUGAUUACGAGGAUACCUUGAAUGAACCGGGAAUGACGCCGACUCUGGUUCAACUAAUUAAUGUGGCAGCCAAUGUGAACCAAGCGGCUUCUUCGGGUGCUGCGUACAACUCGAUGUUUGCAGGAGGAUGGUCUGUCAACCCUCCCACAGGUGGAAAGUCAUCUUUCGGAAAUCAGCUUCAAGCGCAAAUGGCUCCAAGUCCUGGGGCAUUCGGACCUGUUGGAAGUUUGAAACAAAUGAGCUACGCAGAUGCAAUGAAAACUCAUGGUAGUAUGGGCUCAUCUGUGGGGCAAAACAGAGGAGGUGCUCCAAUCAGUGACGCAAUUGUCGGAUCUAUCGGAGGAUCACUGACGCAUACGCCACAGCCACAAUACAUGCUCAUUGACAAUCUUCAUCCAGGUGUGCGUAAAUUCGUGGUUCUUGACUUUGGUCGCACUAUCGUACUCUCGGAUGUGUUCAUUGGACCCUGUGUAGAUUUGGCUUCUCUCACUCUGGACUGCUGGGUGAAGGGAGAGGCACUGGACUCAAUGCGAGUGGCGACUUCACUCGAUAUCAGCACAGAUGCACUGGCUCUGACAGACAUUCAGCCAUCCUUGCACUGUCGGUACCUGAAGUUGACGGUGAGUGGUAAAUACGGGUCUGCCUCGUCCGCGGUCAGUGCGCAUGGACAUCACAGCAGUCAUGGUCAGAACAAAGUGCUACUACCCAUCAACACUCUCUAUGGACACACUGUGGACUGCGAGUACGAGGCCAUGCCCCGAGAGGCCAAGAUAAAGAAUGUUCAGGAACUUCAGGAGAAACAUCUGAAGACGUUGGCAAUAGUACACGACGAUCUACUCUGCAGAUACAGCCUGGCCUCGAACCAUCUGAAAUCUCUGAUCAGUCCCCACGCAGCCGCCCUUUCCACUCCACUGGCCAGCAACAGUAGCAUCUCUGAGCAGAAGAGAUAUGUGUCGGAGGUGUGUUCCAACUGCAGAGUAUUGCAGAGACAGUUGAAUGUGGUGACUAGAGUGAUUGAAAGAGUGAAGAACUACUUCAGUAGCAGCAGUAGUGCUACACCCAAUAUAUCCAAUACUAGUGAAGGCGACGGAUUAUCAGCGGACUGCAACCAGACCGCGUUAUCAUCUGCAUCUACAACCCACGUAUCUCAUGCAACCAGAUUCACUCUGUUGUCCAUGUUGCAACUGGCAGUCAACUCACCAGAAGAAGUGCCAAUGCUAGCAACGGAUCAAGCGCCAGUUAGCGGAGACAACGAAUCACAGCAAACCGAAGCUCAACCUUCAGACUGUGCCGUAAGUGAGGAGCAGUGUUUCCACUUCAUGAGGCAGCUGUGCAUCAGGGGAGUGCCCAACAACGGUAUUCUAGCACUGACUCUAUUGCAUAGAGUGUGCCACAGACAGCAGUGGUGGGCGGGAUUCGUGGCCUCCUCCUUCGUCAAGUUCUUCUCGGAGUCAACCAACUCAGAGAUUCAACUACAUGUUGUUAAAGUAUACAUCACUAUUCUGCACCUGGCAAAACAGGACGAAAUAAUCGAUGAUGUCAUCCUUAGCUUCGUCAACUUGUUACUCUGUGGAACACCAUCUUCGUCUUUAAGUGCAACACCAAAUAGCCAUCCAACAGACAACAGUACUACUACAGGCAGUGUUCCAAUUGUACCCCCUGUGAAUGCGAAUGGCAACAGUAUGGCAUCUGGCUCUUGGGUCGGCGGCGUGUCAAUGUCAGGAAACUGCAACUGGUCUCAGCUGUCGGCAAUCUUGAUGAUAAUUUCGCAAGGAAUGUGCGAAAGAAGCACCAACUCAGAUGUGUACAGCGGUAGUGGUGGGUCGAUCGGAAGUUACGGGGGUUCAUUCAAGUGGGACUUCUUCCCUAGCAUCCUCAAUGCUGAUUUCCUCCGCCAGGGGCUUGCUACCGGCAAUGCAGCUGACAAGAGUGGAGCAGUCAAGGGCCAAAAGCAGAUCUCCAGGAAGACGAUAGGCGUCGGAGGCACUGCCCUUACAAAGUCCAAGAAAAUCAUGGGACUGUUUGCUCCAAAGACUACUCAUAAUCAGGGCACUAGUGCCACUGGUUCUGGAUUGCAGGGAAGCAGUCAGGCACACUCGAACAAGAGUGAAAAGGAGAAGAAACCGAAACAAUCUUCAUCGUCCAUGGACGCACCUCCAAAGAUGUUCCAGACACCAAUCAAUGAUGUUUCACUCCCACCCGAAACAACUCAAGAACUCAUGCGAAGACUUCUGUGCCUGUUGCCGGAGCUGAUUCGAUCUCAAGCGACCGACUUGGUGAUGCUCUUAUGCAGAGUGGUUUCUUUACUGAGCAGUGCCUGCAGAAACCAGAAUGAUUUAAAGGCUGAUGUCCACUCUGUUGAUGGCUCUAAUGGAAGCGUUUCCGGUCAAAGGGCAAACACUAUCAGGAUCGUGAAUUUGUUUCCUGAAAACCUUCUUUCUCAUAUACUGUUGAACGCGUUUGUGCUCACGACGAAUCAACUUAUAACUUACGCUGUGCAGAGUCUUAUUUUGGACAUCAUGCAAGCUGAACUGGGAAAACCAAAUGCAGAUAACCAGCAAAAAACGAGAAGUGCUCAAUCGGGUAGCGGGUGCAAUUCAGAGGGGCCAUUCAAGGCGAAAUCUAGGGCUGCGUCGUCCUCAUCAGCAUCUUCAAAUCCAUUCGUAAACUUGGUGGACUCAAACUUUCCAUCAUCUUCUAGUGCGUUCGGAUCUUCGAUCAACAACGUCAACCUGCAAUACAGCGAUCCCUUGGACCAAUCCUCUCUUCACUCCUCAAAUCUCAACCUGAAUAAACUUUUAUCUGGAGAACUCAGUAACGCUUCGAUUGAUAACCAAAUGGAAUUCAUUCACGAAGUACUGGGAAACCCACCCCCUCCACCUUACGGUACUACGGGUUCUAUUUUUGGACCGACUGCUCAUAGCUACAAGAAAAACAGCAGUCAAGCUCAAAAUCAACAGAAGACUUCAAGAGAAAACAACGUGCAAUCGCAACGCAACGGCGACUGUCUUGACGCUCGACUUGAAAGUGGAAUCUUACAUCACUCUGAAAGAUGGUUGAACCAACUGCAGUCCGCGUAUACAGCAAGUGUGUACAAGAAUCUAGCGUGCUUGAACUUUAACCCGCCUAAAAAGACGAUACUAAAAAGUGCCGAAAGUGAACUCCAUGUAAAUGCUAGUCAGCCUGCAGGACCUGAUAUUACUGGGACUCAAAACAUGGAUCAUUCAGGGCAACCGACUUUUGAAGAUACACGAAAAAUGCUGCACGGAGUCUUCGAUGAGCUUCUUUCUCCACGAAAUUUACCAUAUCUUGAUCUUAAAGAAGUGUUGCUUUGCUGGUACCAUAUUUCCAACCUGAAAUCAGACGGCGAGAGCAGGAACAUCAUUGCUCUUAGUUCAGAUAACAUUGGCCAAAUUUUCAAUAAACUCACAGUCGAAAAUACGUCAGAUUCGGUGGUAUGGUCUCUGCUUUUCCAAUGUUUGAUUGCGCUGUGUGCCACCGAGAACAAUCUGAACAAAUCAACAAACGCAAAAUCGGAUGUGAGUCAGACAUCGUCUGUUCUUCCACAAGGUAUAAAGAUACAUCCUGGCUCGACCUCCCAAAGUGGAAAAGAUAAUGGGAAUCAAAAGUUUGAGUCUGCGCCGACUGUAGUGAUAAAAAACCUGAUAAACUACCCAGUUUUGGACACCUUUUUAUCCGGAAGCUGGAGUCCAGGAGGAACAAGGAGUGAGCAAUGUCGAGGACCUGGUGUGACUCAAGUUUUUGGAUCAUUUCUGGAUACUUUAAACAAAUACAACGAGGACAAAUAUCUAAUGGGGCAACUUCUGAUGAAGCUUCUCAAGUCAAUGUGCGAGUUUAGUGGAGCAGUCAAGCAAGGUUAUGGACCAGUGGAUUGUCAAGUUGAACUUGUGAAUAAAAUGUUAGAUUUCUCAUUGCUCACACAUGAUCCAAAAAUUAUGUGCUCAUUGGUCAAUGUAAUAUGCAAGCUGGGAUAUGAAUACGUAUCGAGAUACAGAAGUUCGGUAACAAUGACGGCCAAUACUGCACAAAAUAAAAAUUUGCAGAAUCUGCCAAACAUUUGCUUAACAGUAUUUGGAGUGGGGACUAUUUCAAAAGACGGAACGAAACUCAGAGCCAAAACAAAUUCAACUUGCACUGUCAACAGUAGAGAAAAUUUACUGAAACAGUUGUUUAAAUUGGCGCAAAAGUUAGUUAAAAUUCAAGGAGCGGUAUCGCAAUUUGGAACGAUGGGAGCGGACAGAACAGUGGCCGAUUGCAUAGUGUGCGAUGAUCAAAACUCUGUAAUCAGCACUCUUUUGGUUACAUUGAGCGCGUGCAUUCUACCGACGUUUGGUUCCUCUGAAGCCAUGACCAGUGACUCAUGGACUCUGAAACAACUAGAAAGUUUUGUGCAAGACUUUUCGAGUGCGAGUUCUUCAAGUGAGAAGGAUGAUUCGCUGUUAGAAAAUAAAACACUCGGAGAUUUCAUUCUACAAUUGCUUAUUUGUUUGGAGAUGUCGACAAGAGAAAGGAAAGUGUUGCAUCAGCGGUUGGUCCAAUCGCUUAAUUCGUCAGCCGGGGCAUUCCCCUUGCCCACUUUGUCACACCCUGUACUUUGCUUCUUCAUGCAUCUGCUGAGGAAUAUAGACGAAGUGAAAAUGUUCUCAAGUGUGGGCGGAGUGCAGGUGUUGGUGAACAAGAUAGUGUGUGACAGUGAGACUGGGCCUGGGUUCUCAUUCUCAUUCGCCUCCCAGCCACUCCUCACUCUCCAACAGCUGACCAAGUGUUUCGAAGUGGACUCUCUAGACCUACAGCUUCAGCUCAACGACACUCCCAAAAACAUAGGACCCAAGGCUGCAAUCACCUGCUCAAGUGACCCACAGGCUCAGCUCCCAGACGUGUUGCUUCAGGAAAACCCCCCGCACAAAAGGGCCAGAUCAGCAGCGUGGACUUACCACUUCCCUGCAGACCAGAGUGGGGGCACUGAGCAGGCCUCCUGUUCGCUUACCAUCACCCUUCCCACUCUGUCUAUUGUGCACUAUGUGGAGAUUAAGUUACAGACUCCUGCCAUGGGAAUCAGUCACAACCUUCCGUCAUCUGUGAGUCUGGAAGUGUUUCCCAGCCGGGACUCUGUCUUGGAUCCGCCCAGCUGUGUGACUGCGCCUCUCAUUGUCAGCAGAGCCAGUGGAGGUAGCAGCUCAUGCAUACAACUGAGACCACACGAGCCACAGCUGUGUGGCAGACUGCUGUUGAACUUCUACCCACCACCCGAGUGUAGUAGCAUAGGACUCAGUCACAUUGCAGUUUACGCGAGACCAGUGUUGUCUGAUAUGACUCAGCCGUCUAACUCCACCGACCAUAUCCUCACCAGCUUGCACGCAUUUAAACUGAUCGAGUACUGCAUGGAGACACAACUGGAUACUCUCUCCAAAAAACAAUCAUCGCUAUCUUUCGCUCCCAACGUGUCGCCUCCUUCCGACUCGGAACUACUGGGAUCCCUUUUCUCGGAGUCAUUCACUGCUCCCCUAAGAGACAGAUUGCUGAGUGCGUGUCUGUCCCUGCUGACUCAGAGUUCUGCUCAGCUCUUCUUUCCCUGUCUUAAGAGAACAGUGCUUUGUCUGGCCAAUUUGCAGCUGCCUGACACUUUUGUUUCAGAAGUGGCCCAAAAUAUGUCGGCGGUGGAAAGGGACCACGUGACAUCAUCGGAAGUUAGUCAGAGUCAGACACAGGCAGAGACAGUUCAACAUGUGGUGGUGAUAGUGCUGGACAGUUUCGUGUCCUCUGCUCAGCCCCUCACAGCAGUUUACGUGGAUGAAGUGCUAGACUUGCUGUUCUCUCUGUGUACCAAAACUGCUACUCAGCAGGUGUUGCUCAACAGAAUUUCUACUCUGGUAUCCUGGCUUGAAGCGAAUUUGUUCACUAUCUCCCAGUGCACUAGACAGUCCAGCUCAUGCAUUGCUCACUUAGUGCAUGCAAUAGCUUCAAUUCUUUGGCAAGUGCAUGCACAGUACAUGUACUCGACUCAAGCGAACACUAAUCAAUCCGGAACUAGCAGUAGCACAAUGCCGCCUGUAGUCUCAAUUCAACAUUUCUCUAAUGUUUGCCGACAUGUUUUGGACGGUGGGCUCAUAUCGGAAAAUAUUCUAACUUCAACAUCGUCUGUCCUGAAGACUGCGUUCGAUUGGCUCCUUUGCUCAUACGUCCACAUGUAUCCUUCGUUCUUGAAGACCCUUUUGAGACUCCUAGGAUGUCCGGAUCUGAGAAUGUCACCGGAUUCAUCGACAUCUGGACCUAUGAGUCCGCCUUCUCCGAUUCCCAUGUUUGGAGCUAAUGAUGAUUCUAAGCAGCAAAAGAGCUAUCUGUCUAAGCAGUGGUGGGCAACAUUAUCUCGAAAUCAGCUAGCAACACUUCAUCAUUGUCUAUUAGACGCAAAAGCAUUAGACGUUUUCAGAAACUUUGCUCCUGUUGCUGAAAUGUUUUCACUCUUAAUUGACUUGUCUCUGAAUGACGAGUCUAGCGAAAUCAGUAGAAAUAGUGACAUGAAUGUUAAAACCUUAAUAAGGCUGCUCGAAUUCCUAACUAACAUGAGCGAAAAUAACCCCCAGGCAAAACGAUGGCUUGGACUUUCUGAGAAAACAAGAUUCUGGUCUCCGCUUCUGACCUCACUUUGCUACGACAGGUCACGGCAACAAUGUCUUAAUUUAACAGACGCCGCUUUGAAGUUCUUCGAAACUGUCGUGGAAGACAACACAACAAACCAGCGCAAUUUAGCCGAAAUUGUCAGCCAGUUGAUAUCACAGAAAACUGAUGCUCUGAAUAGUUUUGUUAAGCAGCUGAUUCUGAAUGUAUUCUUGAAGGAAGAAAGAAUCACAGUGGUUGUCAAUUCGAAUCAGGACAAACUUUUGAAAUGGCCAUCCGCAGGGGCGAGAUCUCUGGGACACCCGAAGUUUGGUAUAGGCCACCGGGUGGUGUUCGGGAGGAUAGAUGCAGACAGUAGCAUCGAGACACUUCUUACAGACAUCUUGGACCCCUCCCAGAUACCCAUGGACUACCUGCCAGUGACAAUGGGCAUAGGAGGGAAAGGAUUGGGUACUGGGAAGGACGGGAAAGGAGGCAUGGGUGAGGCAGGAGGGCCAAAGAUGAAAAUGAAAGGAAGCAAGAUGGGAGGUGGAUCAAUGGCUAUGUACUCUCCCCUUUCACAGAAAAUGAGCAAAAUAGAGCAGAAGAAAAAGACACUGGAGAAGAUGAAUAUUGCAUUCGGCCCAUCAGGCGGAGUGUCCAAAAUGCCUCUGGCAAUGCUGAAGCACCUGGCCAAGUUUCCCAACAGCAGUUACUGGACUGCAAAAGUUAAAUCACAUACACAAGGAGGCCAAACAAGCAACUCGCAACAGAGUGUGGGCCAUGUACAACAGGCUGCGAAUAAAAGUGCCGAUGACUAUAGCAGAGGAGGUGGUAAGGUGUGGCGGUGUGUGCACAAGACAGUGGGUAGCGACUGGCUACCGAACACUCUCUCCUUCCGACAACUAACACAAUGCCUCAAACAGAUGCAAUCCAGGGACAUAGAGGAGGGAUUUGUGAAGUUGGAUCUGAUCGGAGUUAGUUCAGACGAGUUCGAAGAGAUGGAGAUGGCCAUAGCUGAGACUCUAGAGGCCAUGAUGGAAACCAACUAUGGACCCCAGCAGCAGUCGAGUGGACAGCAGCAGAGCACACAGCAAAGUACACACUUGAGACCUCCGCAGGUAUUUGCGAGUGUGGGCGGAUUCACCAAACUGGCUCUUCGCAUCCCAGUUCUGAAUGCGGACUUUGUCAAACUCAUGUGCACCAACAGCAAGGAUGCCAACUCAGGAGCUAACGUGUCCUCGUCUGGAAAAACAGCAGUAUCAGGCCUGGGGUUUCCUGGAAGCGACAAGCUUGAUUUGAGUGAAUGGAUACUCAUAGAUCAGCACACAUUCGGUGGCUCAGCUCCAGGUGCUGACGGAGCUGGCAUCAAAGGCAACUCUUACAACUUGAUUGACGUGGAGAGCAGUGACGAGGAGAACUACUCUUCUCUGGACUGGGCUGAUGAGACAGGAUAUAUGACCCCUCAUCCACCUGGAGCCGGUCCUGGAGCAGUUGGUAACUGUGCAGGAGGCGUGGCCGUCGUGGCGCCCCACUGUCUAGCUCUGUUGGGACUGACUCUGCAGUUACCAUUAUACGUGGAAGUGUUGCUGAGGGAAGAGAGGAAGGCGCGAUUCCUGUUGCGGAUCCUAUUGGGCGUCAGCGACGUAGGAGACUCAACUACAAGUAUCUUAUCGACUCCGGAGGCCAAGAACCUCUCCACCCUGCCUCUCGAAGCUCUGAGGAGUCUUUUCGACCAGUAUCCGGUGAACACUGAGCUGGGAUUAGUCAUCAGACAACAGUGUGUAGAUGCUGAGAUACUGGACCUGCUUUUCGGAUGUCUGGCUGUUCUAACUCACAGGAAUCCUGAGAGUGCGGAUGUGAAGAGCUACCAGUUCUUGUUUCCGCCUUCCUUGUUUGGAGUUGGAUCCGCGUCGGCUAAGCAGACCAAUCAGAGAGACAAGUAUGCGGCCCACAUGGCCCAGCAAUUGGACCCUAUGGGUGUGGGGGUCGGAGUAGGCAUAGGACCCAGUGGAUCUAAUGUGAUCGGCGGCAAUAAGCAUCAGUCGAACCAGUACUGGGCCAAGGGGACUGGGUUUGGUACUGGAUCCAUGCAGAGCGGCUGGAACAUGGAACAGAGUCUGCUCAAGAAACACUUCGAGGAGCAUAAUUGUCAAGCAAUUCUGCAGGUUCUGUCUUCGUUCAUCAGUGGAGCAUCGAAAUCCUCCAUGGAAAAUACAAGUGCGGAUAGCUCGUCUAACUCGUCAAUAGUCUCGUCUUUCUCUGUAUCCUCACUCUCCCGAGUAGGGUCAAGUGUCAGUGGAGCUAUGGACUAUCAGAACAUGAACAUGGACAUGUACGCCCAGCAGCACACUGUGGGUAGCUCUGGAAUGAGUGCUGUAGUUAAUUCUGGAACGGCUGGCAGUGGUUCUGGUGCCCCUACUGUCUCUGUGACUGCUAGUGGGCCUGUGGACAGCGUAUUGGUGGACAUGAGUAACUUCAGCUGCAGACUUCAUGACCUGAUCUGUCGCAGUUGUCUCAUGGAGGUCCUCAACACAUACCUGACCAACGACAGUGUGCUGGACAUGGACAGGCACGUGGCAGUGCAUCAGGCUGUGCUCGACAUCAUCAGGGCGAUGGUGAGUCACGAGGAGACUGCGAGUGAGUUGAUGGGGCUGAUGGAGGAACACAAGAUAGUGGACAACCUUGAGUCCAUCCGAAAUAGACACUCAGCAUACCACGCGCAACUCAGCAAAAACCUGCGCAAGCUGACCAACACUGGUUCUUCGUCAUCUAAGGGUGCAACGGGAGCGGAUCCGGCUGGGGCAGUCGAUGGGGACCCGGAAGGUGUGAACAAACUGGGGGAAGAAUUGGACUAUGUUUACCGAUUGGUGCAGAGGGCAUGGACCAAGUACCAACAACACCGCGGAUCAAGAAGGCAGAACCAGGUGAGCGAUUUGGAACCAGGACCCAGCGGCAGUGGAGGUGUGGAUCCAAAUUCAAAUGCAGCAGUCCAGCAAGACGGGACUAUUGUCAAGACACCUCGGGAGAUAUACUGUGAUGCCAUGAAGCCCUUGCAGUUCCUGAGCUUCAUGUUAGUGAAGGAGGGCGGAGGUGCGGGGGGCAAAAACAUCUCAUUCGCAGUUCCUUUCCACUUCGUCACAGAGGCCAAAAUGGCCAGUGACUCACUCAACACGAAGAGAGCCAAGAGACUGGCACAGGAGUCAGUAUCUCUAUCUUCUGCUCUUCCACUCGAUUACAGCUCCUCAGUUUUCAUCAGGUAUGACGAGGACAGACUGGACAUAAUGAAAGUGCUGAUGACUGGGCCAGCAGACACUCCCUACUCCAACGGCUGCUUCCUCUUCGACAUUUUCUUCCCCCCGGAGUACCCCCACACUCCCCUGCUGUGUAACUUCACCACCACAGGAAAUGGAACAGUCCGUUUCAACCCAAAUCUGUACAAUGACGGAAAGGUGUGUCUGAGUAUCCUGAAUACGUGGCACGGCCGACCAGAGGAGAAGUGGAAUGCGCAGACAUCUAACUUGUUACAGGUUCUGGUCUCGAUCCAGAGUCUGAUUUUGGUGAGUGAGCCAUACUUCAAUGAGCCAGGCUACGAGAGGUCGAGGAACACGCCUGCUGGGCAGGAGAACAGCGACGAGUACAGUGCCAAUAUCAAACAGGCCACAGUUAAGUGGGCCAUGCUGAACCAGCUGAGGAACCCACCGGCAUGCUUCAAAGAAGUCAUACACACUCACUUCUACCUGAAACGAAAAGAAAUUCUAAAACAGGUGCAAGAUUGGCUCGCAAACAUGGAAGCACUUGACAUCCACAAGAGAUAUGCGAAGAAAGUUUCCAGUCACGUGCAGUCUCUGCGCAAGAGUUUGAACGAACUGCGUCUAGAGCUGAACAAACUCAAGGCUCCCGAGGGGCUUGCUGAUGUAAGCGAGGAUACUUCAUCUACUCCAUCGACCUCUGCUGUCCACACAGGCGAGAGCAUUUCAAUCAUGGAUAACAAAAAUAAUCAGGAGACUUCCAGCAGCCGAUCACAGAGUCCCUCGAGCAAAGCGGCCCACGAACUCCUCAACUCAGUUCUGAAUUCAGUUUUCAUGAGUCCCGCGAUGCAACCGGGUGGCUCCGCCGGCGGAGUCAGCUCAAAUUUGCAUCAUCCAUCGCAAAAUAUAAUGUCAUUGGGCACUUCGGAAACUUAUUCGACCGAUGAUUUGUUCUUGUCUGAAAACGAUCUGUUUGGUAAUCAGGAGAGCGGAGAUUUGAGUGUUCUGCUGGAAGAAACCGAACCACCUUUGACCACCAGCAAUUCUACCCACGAAAAUGUGCCAAUGGAUCACUCAUCUAUGGAUGAACAUGAAUUGAACGAGUAGUGAUUGAACAUGAUUCGAAUUAGUUAUAACGAAAUCUUGUGACAAAUGAAAAGGUGGUCUUGGCUUUUAAUUGAAUAGAAAAAGAAGCAGAUGAAUGAAAGUAAACCUAAAUCCAAUUUAUCUGCCGCAAUCACAAUCGAACUUUUUUGUUCUAUUAUCAAAACAAUUUAUAUGCACUUUACUCGUUGGUUUUAUGUUAUGGCAAUGAAUUUGUUAAAAUUAAUGAGAUCCACAAGUGUUUUAUUUUGUAACUCUCUCAAACCCAUAAUUGUUAAUUGUGGCUAUUUCCCUUGAAAUGUACUCCAAUGAAAAGUCUGAGACCUAAUUGAUAUUCCAAUUUCUUGGGAAAAGCUUAACUUACUAUGUAAAUGUUGAUGACUACCAAAUUACUACAUUGACUAACUUCGAUUUAAUUUAAAUUAUCCAGCUUU